UGUACCUCUAAUAUUUUUGCAGUAUCUACAAAUCAUAACGGUUAAAAAGAUGACAGCUUUUGGUUAAUUAAAAUUGAGUCCAUUUUAGUUAAUUCAUAAUCACAACACAACGAGAAUUAUUGAAAAUUUUUUGAUAACAAUGGAGUGUCCAUGAAGAUGCCUCCGCGACUCUCUGCGCGCCGGCUAUGCCUCGUAAUCUUCUUCUUCGGAGGUGUAACAGUGCUGGUGACUUUACAUCAUCGGCUGGCAUGGCCUUCGACGAAAUCGAGGAUCUCUGCCUCCGAAGAAGAGGUUGUUUUGAGUCAAACAACUCUUCCCUCCAUAGCUGCGGUGGAGGAACAUGAGACCGAACCACCGGUGAAGAGUCAGGAGAAAGCGUGGUUUUUCGGAGGAGGGACGCUUUUCCCCACGGCUAGCAAAGGACUUCCUAGGCUUUUCCCGGAUCAAACUGAUGGGGACCGAGUCAUCGAACAGCUUCUAUACGUGCCAGAGGAUUACCAAGGGUUCGACACGCCCGAGAAAGUGAUCCUCGCCUACAACGGCUUAGGCACUUGGGGUCAGAGGUCAGGUCCUGGCAGUUUUCAUGGUUGUCCUGUGAGCCGGUGCAGUUUGACUGAUGAUCGCAGCAGAGCCGCUGAUGCCGAUGCAAUUCUCUACAAGGAUCAUUUUAUUCAUCCUUCAGUCUCCAGGCCACUGCACCAAGUGUGGAUAAUGUAUUUUUUAGAAUGUCCUUACCAUACCCAAAGUAUUAAAUUCCCUGAUGUAAUCAACUGGACGGCUACUUAUCGCAGAGACAGUGAUCUUGUCGCACCCUACGAAAGGUGGACUUACUUCGACCCUCAGGUCCGCCAGAAGGUGCAGAACCGCGAUUACAGCGCAAAUAAGACAAAAAAAGUGGCUUGGUUCGUAUCGAACUGUGGUGCACGCAACGGGCGAUUGGCUUACGCUCGCGAGCUUUCUAAAUACAUCCAAGUGGAUAUUUACGGCAUGUGUGGCCCCCUGACAUGCCCCCGAUCUGAUAAAAAAUGCUUCGAUUUGUUGGACCGAGAGUACAAAUUUUAUCUAGCAUUCGAAAAUUCCAAUUGUCGGGAUUACAUCACUGAGAAGUUCUACGUCAACGGAUUAGGGCAGAAUGUGCUACCCAUUGUGAUGGGCGCUCGCCCGGAGGAUUACCAGAGAAGCGCCCCGGAGGGUUCUUACAUACACGUCGACGAGUUCGCAGGGCCUGCGGAGUUGGCUGCGUAUUUACAUAGACUGGAUAAAGAUAAUACACUUUACAAUUCCUAUUUCAAAUGGAAAGGGACGGGACAGUUUAUCAAUACAUUCUUUUGGUGUAGACUUUGUGCAAUGUUGCAUGCUCCCAGAGUACAUAGACAUUACGAUGAUAUUAACGACUGGUGGAGAGGACCAGGGGUCUGUUCUUCCAAGUCGUGGAGAAACGCCGAUUUUGUGUAGACGCACAUCAAAAAUAGUGUUUAAUACUAUUUGCCGAGUCAGUUUGUUGUUGUUUUGUUGUACAGAUGUAAGUUAUUAGUGAUUUAUUAAGUUUUUGCUA